AUGAUUGACUGGAACAGGCGACAGCACGAUAAGAGCGCCGUGGCUGAUGGCGUUAACAAUGUGGCAGUGAGCGAAGGUGAAGAAGUGAUGGACGGUGGUUUCGCUUUGGACGAUUUCGAGGAAGAAUCGCUGCAUAAUUUCAUGCAAAAUACUGGCAAAACAGCGAAUUGUAGAAACACUUAUAACGGCAGAAUUUCUGUUAACGGUAGCAACAUUCGCUCACGAAAACGGCGCAACACCAGUUCACUCCGUGCAGAUUCAUUGGGUGUUGUCGAUGAAACGCCAAAUCACUUCCGGGACAGUGUCCGUCGCCGCAGAUUGCGAAAUGCGAAUUUGGAUAUUCGCCGAGCCCAUGAGGUGCAAGAAGUGGAACGCGCUAUUGCCAGGGCUUCUGGGUCAAUUGAGCAAACUCCAGCCCAACAACAAAUGUUUGUUAUUGAUUUUACAUGUAUAACAUGA